AGAAAAAGAGUAAGAGAGUGAACAUAAAGGGAGCUCUGAGCUCCACAAAUUAACUUCCAAUGGCAACGACACUCUCUCACUCCUCACUCUAUCCCUUCCAUUCUCUCUCUCCUUCUUCAUCUUCUUCAACAAUUUGUUCAUCUUUAUGCCCUUUUACUUGCUGUCCUUCUUUUCCAACAAAACUUGAAUUCCCUGUCUUGUCAACAUCAUCAUCAUCAUGUUUUUCCCAAUUUCACCAUUUUUUCCCUUUCCCCACAAAUCAUCAUCAUCAUCCCAUUUUGCUCUUUGUUGGUUUUGAUUCACCCCCUGUGGAUACUCAAACUUUUCUUGCUACUAUCAGUGUUUUAACUGCCAUUGCUCUCUCCCUCUUUCUUGGCCUCAAGGGAGAUCCAGUUCCUUGUGAUAGGUGUGCUGGGAAUGGUGGAACGAAGUGCGUGUUUUGUAACGAUGGUAAGAUGAAGAAAGAAGCAGGAUUAGUAGACUGCAAAGUUUGCAAGGGUGCAGGAUUAAUACUCUGCAAGAAAUGUGCUGGUUCUGGAUACUCAAAAAGGCUAUGACAUAUACUACUUGUACUCUUUUCCCCUCUAGGUAUUGACUUGUAUUUUGAGGUUAAAUCACACAUACAAGCUCACAUAUGAGGCUAUUUCAUUUUGGUUAAAUAUUUUGCAUUUAUAUAUUUUUCUUGAUAAAGAAGGGUUACUAGUACUUUAUUAGUCCCUCGAUUAUUGGUAGAUAUGAUUUUAGUCCCUACGAUAUCUGCCUAAGCACAUUAAACCUUUAGUCAAUUGAAUUGUGUGUUUUGGAU